AUGAGCCGUUCAAAGAUACGCCACUAUCUCCAUGUCGAAUACCAGCCUGGAGAGCGGGCCCUGGUCCGCAAGAUGGACUUUUUCAUCCUGACCUUUUGCUGCCUCUGCUACCUGAUCAAUUAUCUCGACAGAAGCAACCUCGCCAAUGCGUACGUGUCAGGCAUGAAGGAAGACCUUGGAUUUGCAGGCAACCAGCUCAACGAAAUCAAUACCUGCUUUACCGCUGGCUACGUCAUCGGCCAAGUACCAUCCAACCUGUCUCUUCAUCAUGUCAAGCCCCGGUUCUGGUUUCCCAGCAUGAUGAUCCUUUGGGGCGGCUUGACCAUGGUCACGGCCUCGGUUCAAAGCCCCAAGUCCGUCAUGGCCAUUCGCUUCUUUCAGGGCGUCUGCGAAGCUUCGACCUUUGUCGGCACGCACUACAUUCUCGGUGCGUGGUAUACGGAGCACGAGCUGGGGAAGCGCAGCGGAAUAUUCUCAUCGUCCGGACUGGCGGGCACCUUCAUCGGGGGCUUCAUCCAGUCGGGCAUUUACAAGAGCCUGGACGGCCGCCUCAACCUCGCCGGAUGGCGCUGGCUCUUCAUCAUUGACGGCUUGCUUACCGUUCCGGUUGCCAUUUACGGCCUUGUUUUCUUCCCCGAUACUCCGCAGGCAACCGCGGCAUUUUAUCUGACAGACAGGGAGAAGAAGCUGGCCGUUUCUAGAGUCCCCAAAGUCCCUCAGCAGUCACCAUUCACACGCAAAUUUGCGAGCAGGGUGCUCACAUCCUGGUACUGGUGGGGUUUUGUCGGCCUGUGGUGUCUGGCUGGCGAGCUUGAGAGCUUCAGCACAAACUCCCUUCUCGCACUGUUCCUGCAAAACCAUCCCACGCGCAAGUACACCGUGGCACAACAGAACAGCUACCCGACUGGUGUUGCCGCCGUUGGCAUCGCAUCCACUUUGUUCUGGGCUACCUUGACGGAUUAUCUGGGCGGCAAGCGGUACCUGGUCGGAUAUUUUAUCGGCCUUACCAGCAUAGCGACAUCCAUCAUGAUCCUGGUGUCGUCUGGAGAUGCCACCAGCCCCCAUUCGACCACCGUGACCAUGGUUGCAUACUACUGGGCUGGGUCAGUGUAUGCAUGCCAGGCAGCUUUUUUUGCGUGGUGCAAUGACGCCAUGCGGUACGAAGAAGCCGCCUUCCGCAGUGUUGUUCUCGCCGGCAUGAACCUCGGCAGCAACGCCGUAAAUGCCUGGUGGAGCAUCAUAUUCUACGGAGCUUCCACGGCGCCCUGGUUUACUAGAGGCAUGUGGGCCAUGAUUGCCAGCUCCAUUGCACUCAUACUUUGGACAGGCGGGUUAUCCUGGUUCCAUUACAGGAAUAAGAAGCCGCUAGUCGUGAACGUUGAUCAAGACGAGUCGAAUGUCGAGGGACGAGGAAUGUAA